AUGUCGAAUCCAGCGAGGGGACCCAAAAACGAACAAGACCAGCACCGAGACCCCCAGGGCGAGCAGGCAAAAAAACUUGCCAAACAGCAAGCGAGCUUGGCCCAGGCAUUGAGUCUCACAGAUAACUCACUGCUGGCCCCUGAUAGGCUUGCUGGUUCAUUCGACUCCCGCCACGUCCCCUCUCUCGGCGCCACGCCGCCCCUUGGUGCACACUUGGACACCACACUAUAUGAGCUAGCCAUGAUGCCUUCCCUCAACUUGACAUCUUACCAGCCGACCCUACUUGCUUCGUUCAGCCCGGAGAACAAUGAUUUCCUUUCACAGGAAGAUCAUUCAACCCACACGUUAACAUAUUCUCUGCCAUCAUCGAAUGAAAAUCUCCGUUCACUAGACCUACCAAGCUUGUAUUGCCCACCCGACCCAAGUUCCAGCCUCUAUAUUCACAAAAGUGAAAAUGUGGAAGACCUCGAGGGGGUUGGUGAAAUUGUUUGUCGAACUCCACUUGGCCUGGACCGUAUGGUAGAUAGCAACUCAUUGAUAUUCGUUUUAUACGCGUAUUCCCAAUGGAUUCUAUUGGCCGUUUUCGACCCUCUUCAAAUAAUUCAUACAUCACAAGAAACAAUAAUAAAUCAAUUUUUAGACUCCUCUGCUUCACGGUGCAGGCUCAUACUAAUCUCGGAAUUAAUGAUGAGAUUAAUCGAGUCCCAGAGCUUGGAUGAAGGAGGAAAGAGGAUGCUUGCAUUGCUAGAAGGCGAGAUUUGUCGAAACAUAGUAGGCUAUCAGACUCAGCAAAAGCUUUUGAGUCAAGAAGAACGGAGACGCGCAAUUACGGCGUUGGAUCACUUGCUGCUCAGUAUACGUCUAUUUUCAGCCCCUCUUGCCCCUACCCUCCAUCUCCUCCAAUUGACAGCCCCCGUAUUUCUAAGCACCUGUUCCCUACCUCAUCCCCCGGAUAUGUCAAUGGCUCUCCUUGAUCCCAGUAUUAACUUACGACAUUUUGUGGUGAUGGAUGUUGUUACAAGUAUUACGACCGUGCUUGAUGGUGACAUUGGUGGGCACGAACCGCGAAACAGAUAUCGUGUGCCCUGGUCCCUCGAUUUAUGCGGCAGAUUUACAAGGACAAGAGAGGACCAGGGUUUGCAAUGGAUGUUUGGCAUCCCGGAUCAAUUCAUUUUGCUCCUCGGGUAUAUGACUGGUCUCCGGGAUGAUGCUGACACUACCGGCAUACCAACGGCUCCCAGAGUUAUCGAGCAGAUUGAAGAAGACAUGAGAAGCAUGAUCAUCUUACCAUGUGAGGGCGGAGACGCAUCAUUAACAGUUGCAAGGAUGAUCGUACAGGCAUGUUGGCGCGGGGCCACCUUUAUUUAUCUUUACAUGGCAUUGUGCGGAGCGGACGCGUUCGAUCCUCGAGUAAUGAGAGCACAAAGAGGCUUCAUGAAGCUCGUAAAUGGAACCAGACCCGGACGUAACCCCGAUACAUUCUUACUUUUCCCCAUGCUAAUAUCUACCCAUCGACAAACCAUCAUAUCUCGUAUCCUUACCACACCCCAUUUUAUGAACCCAAAUACAACUGGAAACGAUUAUCUCCGUAUGUUAGAGGAUAUUUGGGCCCGGACAAACUCAGAAGGCAGGGCAGCUCGAUGGGAGGAUCUCCGAGAAGCGUGCGUGAGAAUUACGGGAAUCUAG